CUCAUUCAUAUUCAAGAGUUUAAUCUUUACACAACACAGCUGCUUUUCAUGUAAAGAAAUAUCUCUCUAGACAUCUGAAGAACAUGUACUCCGAUUUGUGAACACAUGUUUAAUUGUUUACUCUGUUAACAUAUCUAAAGGAUCUAGAAUAGAUGUGAUUAAAGCAAAAAAGCAGGAGCCGAACAACCUAAAACAUAACAGGAGACAGAGAGAAAAUUGGAUAACGAAUUAUUAAUAUCAUAACAUUCUACAUACAACAGGCAACACAUGUUUCGGGGUAUAUUAACUUAACCAUUCUUUAUGAGCGCAUAAAACAGCUAUAAUGUUGUUUUCCAUCACCGAUAAACAGAACAUAAGACAGAACAAUUCACAAGCGUUUUGAUUGAACCCUCCUGAAUUACCAUUAACACAAUUACCACACUCUGUGAGAGAAGAAAUAACAGCGAACGAGGUAUAUGUUGGAAGAACAAAAUGUAAAGCCGGUUUGAAAUCUAUGAACUCUUCUGUUUUACAAACGGGUAUUGGAUAUUUUUGUUACCGUAACUGUUGUGAGAUGCAGAUAUAAAUCGUACACAUGGAAUAUGAAAUAUAUACAGAGUUAGAUUUGUUUAUACUUUGUGAAAGAGUAUGAUCUAAUAAUAUCAGAUAAAAAACAUGAACUAUUGGAUCUACUAGAAAGGAUGCACAAUGUAAAAUUUAUUUACUUCAAGACUUCAGUACAGGAGAUAAUUAUCAGAUAAGAGCAAGGGUUCGUUUUGAAAUUAGUGCUUUUCAUGGAAUUACAAUAUAAUGUGAUUUACAUUCAUAGUUAUUGUGAAAAACUAUAGUUCAAUUUUAAUAAAUGUCACCAAUUACGUACUCACGGAUAGGCUAUUAGGCUUAAUGAACAAAACAAAACUUUGUGUAACAUUUCCUGUUGUAACCUUUAGACGUAUAAAAUAGUUUCAUUUUUCGAAUACCAGACUAGUGUUACAUUAACAAUGAGCAGAAGAGCAAGCUUAUUUGCUAAAGAGAAUCCCGAAGUUAAAAAGAAAGGUGUACGGUUUCCGGAUGAGUUAGUAUUUUUGGACAAUAUUAAAGAAAAUGACAUAAAUGCGUUAGGUCACAUGUUACGGAGAGCCAGCUUACAAGUUGACAUAAGUGGAAUUAAUGAUGUUGGGUUGACGCCUUUACAUCAAGCGGUGCUAGACGGCAAUGAAAGCGCUGUAAGACUUCUGGUAGCUCAUGGUGCAGAUAUUAACAAACAAGACGAUGAUUCCUGGACACCGCUACAUGCCGCGUGUGCCGAAGGACAUGCUGAUAUUGUCAAAUUUUUGUUAGAGAAAGGCGCUGACAAGAAUAUAUUGACAGAAGAAGGUGAAAGACCUCUUGAUCUCGUUGAACCAACUGAUUUAGAAACCAUCAGAGUUAUGCUUGGAAGUGUUCAACCUUGUGACAAUGAGCAAUCUGAUGAAGACACGUUAGAAGAAGAUGAAGUUACUUUCGGUCCCGGGUGACCUUUGUUUUGCUGCUUUCGUUAUUCUCCCAAUCCAUAGCCAUUUUGAAGUGUUUAUAAAGCAACCUAUUGCUGCCAGAUGCCAUCCAGGACUUAUUCAAAUCAUUCAUAUUUUGCAUACUCAUAAAUGA